GCCAUGCCCCGGAACAACAGCGGAGAUGAAGGCGGCACUGGGCUCUGGAUGAGGACGUCGCCGGGGCACCGUACAGAGGGUUACGGCUUAAAAGAUGUGGAAUCCGGCAGAAGGAUGAUGAACAACGCGGGAGACGGUUUGCUGUCAGCUUCCACAGCCGCAGGUGCUGCAGGGUCCGAGAGUAUGAGGGGAAAGCAGGGAGCCCGGCUGAGCUUGCUGGGGAAGCCGCUCAUAUACAGCGCGCAGAGCGGUCGGAGGAACGUGCGUUACCGGCGUCUCCAAAACUACCUGUACAACGUGCUGGAGAGACCCAGGACCUGGGCGUUCAUCUACCAUGCGUUUGUGUUCAUCUUGGUCUUCAGCUGCCUGGUCCUCUCUGUGUUCUCAACAAUUCCGGCUCAUCAGGACUUCUCCUCUUACUGUCUGCUCAUUCUGGAGUUCGUCAUGAUUGUGGUGUUUGGGUUAGAAUACAUCAUCCGUAUCUGGUCGGCGGGAUGCUGCUGUCGUUACAGAGGAUGGCAGGGUCGACUCCGCUUCGCAAGAAAGCCUUUCUGCGUCAUAGACAUCAUAGUGCUGAUUGCGUCUGUGGCAGUGGUGUCUGCAGGAAGCCAGGGCAACAUCUUUGCCACCUCGGUCCUCCGGAGCCUGCGUUUCCUUCAGAUCCUACGCAUGGUGCGAAUGGACAGAAGAGGGGGCACCUGGAAGCUUCUGGGCUCUGUGGUCUACGCACACAGCAAGGAACUGGUGACUGCCUGGUACAUCGGCUUCUUGGUUCUCAUCUUCUCUUCAUUUCUCGUGUACCUCGUGGAGAACAAGUUCAACAAGGAGUUCGCCACCUACGCUGAUGCCUUGUGGUGGGGCACGAUCACCCUAACGACCAUCGGUUAUGGUGACAAGACACCAAAGACGUGGACAGGACGAAUGCUGUCUGCAGGGUUCGCCCUCCUGGGCAUCUCGUUCUUUGCCUUGCCAGCAGGUAUUCUGGGCUCAGGCUUUGCCCUGAAGGUCCAGGAGCAGCACAGACAGAAGCACUUUGAGAAAAGGAGAAACCCAGCCGCCUACCUCAUCCAGUGUGUUUGGCGUAGUUAUGCGGCUGAUGAGAACUCGGUUUCCAUUGCUACCUGGAAGCCUCACUUGAAGGCGUUGCAUACCUGCAGCCCUACAAAGAAGGAACAGGGAGAGUCAACCACAAGCCAGAAGUUGAGCUUUAAGGAGCGGGUGAGGAUGGCCAGCCCCCGAGGUCAGAGCAUUAAGAACAGGCAGACGUCCUCGGUGAAUGACCGGCGGUCUCCGGUGGCGGACGGCGGUACAGACGGCACCAGCCCCACCAAGGUGCAGAAGAGCUGGAGCUUUAAUGACCGCACACGCUUCAGACCCUCACUCCGACUGAAGAGCCAGUCCCGCUCCACCACUGACGCAGACUCUAACAUGGCAGGGGAGGAUGGUUUUGAUGAGAAGGGCUGCCACUGCGAGAUCUCGGUGGAGGACUUGCUGCCCUCCGUCAAGUGUGUCAUUAGAGCCGUCAGGAUAAUGAAGUUCCAUGUGGCCAAGAAGAAGUUUAAGGAGACGCUGCGUCCUUAUGAUGUGAAAGAUGUGAUUGAACAGUACUCUGCGGGUCACUUGGACAUGCUGUGUCGCAUUAAGAGUCUUCAGACAAGGCUGGACAUGAUAGUAGGCCCGCAGCCGCUGAGCAGCCGAGCCAAGACCUUUUCCUCACCCUUCUUGCCUGUCUAUUACAGCCAGGGCAGAAAGAACUCCACACAGGGGGUGGACCAAAUCCUCGGGAAGGGCCAGAUCCCUCUGGACAAGAAAAUUCGUGAGAAGCUGCUGUCUGAUGGAGACAUAUUAGAGGACAUGAGCAUGCUGGGUCGCGUGUGUAAAGUGGAGCGGCAGGUUCAGUCUAUUGAGUCAAAACUCGACUCCCUGCUCGACAUCUAUCGUCAGGUCCUGCAUAAAGGCUCAUCCUCUGCCCUCACGCUCUCCUCUCUGCCCCUGUUCGAGCUGGAGCAGACAUCUGACUACAACUCCUCCGUCUUCAGCAAGGACCUGUCCUGCUCCACCCAGGUCAGCAGCGGUGGCGUGGCUCCCCCCGGUGGCUGCGUCACGCGCUCCUCUACCAACUCCCACCUCUCCCAGGGAGGACUCCGUCUCAUCCUGGCGCCACACAACGAGCUCAACCUCAAUCUCAACGCCUCCUCUUCCACGCCUCCCUCCGGCCUCGCGUCCUCCUCUUUCAGCCCGUCGCCGCUGCCUCAUCACCAUCAUCAUCACCACCACCAUCAUCAUCCUCAUCGCCCUCACCACCCCCACCACAAUCACACGCAGGCUCAGGCCACCACGCCGGAAAGUGGCAAUGAUGAAGCCGUGGAGAGCUCCCCGCCCAUCCUCACACCCAAUAGUGUCGGCAGUGGCGGGGGUGUAGUUGUAGACGGGGGGUUUCCUCUCCUGGCGAGGCUUCCGCCGCCGCCCCCUCCGAGUCGAAGCGGGGGCACGAGCAACUUGGUGCGUGCAACCUCCACAGAAGCGUCCCCAGACAUGGAGGACUUUUGUGGAGGUCUAGGGACGCAAAUGGAGGACAGCAGUGUUGGGGAGGACCUCGGUCUUGACUUGGGGCUGGACAGACUUGGCAACAGAAAUGGUAGACUAAGCACCAAGGACGAGGGCUCCUGGAGGAGACACAUGAGCCUGGAGCUGGAACCCCUGGUGCCACCAGCCCGAAGCUGCUGCUCAGGCCCCAGCCAGGUAGACCGAGGCCUGGGCAAGUCCAUGUCAGUGCAGGACCUGAUGCAGGCAACCCCGGGGACAGCCCAUGAUGCCCACCACAGCCUCUCAUCUCCUAGCCCCAGCACAUGCAGUGACUCCCCCAUUGGCUUCCACAGCUGUAGCCAAGACCCUGGGGGAGGAGGAGGAGGCGGUGGUGGUAGACUAGGAAGAAGUGGUGGCAGUGGAUGGGGGGACGAGGACCUCUUUAUCAGCGACAGGGACACAGAGCCGCAGAGAUUUGACUUCCUGUCACAGGGGCCCGUCGAAGCUCACACCUACUCCUCUGAGCACCUGAGGACAGGAGGCAGGGCAGGGGCAGGGGCAGGGUCCCGGGGCUCUAGCCAUAGCCUGGCCACCUCUCACUCAACCUCGCCCUCUGCUGGCAGCACCGAAUUGCUGAACAUGCCACACGUACGGCUAAAAUAGACCAGCUACAUUUUUGGAAGGUACCCAAAUCUCACCUCACAAAGACGGUUUUUAUCCUUUUUGGAGGGGAGUAGGAGGACGGGAAUAUAGCAAGGGGUCCUUUUUUUUGUUUAUUUUCAUGUUGAUCCAUUUGAUAAGAAUCACAGUAUUUUCACAAAAGCUGAUCACAUACUGUAUGCCAUAUCAUUGCAUGAGUUAUCCUUUGUUUUAAAAUAUGAUUGACAAAUCUGAGAUAAAAGAUGAAGGCUUGUAAAAGUGGGAACACAGAAC